CUGCGGGCCGCUUGUCCCCCACCGGAGCACGGUCCCCAGCGCUCACUGGUGACAUGGCUGAAGUACUACCUGGAGGAGGACUGGGCGGGCUCCCGGCGGCACGGCCACCCUCUCACCAGUUACUACCAGUACAGCCUGGGCGUGCUGGCGCUGUGCGUCCACCGCAAGCGGGUGCGGGAGGAGGUGAUCCGCCGGCUCCUGACGGCCGAGCAGCACGACACGGAGGCGGUGGCAGCGCUGGCCUUCCCCUGCCUGGAGCGGGAGCGGCUGGUGGGGACCAGGCUGGCGGCGGAGCUGCGGGUGGCCAGGCGCGGGGUGAGGAAGAGGAUGGUUGAGGCACAGGGCCAGGACGGCUUCUUCGGCAACGUCUACAGCACCCCGUGGGCCAUGCAG